AUGGUGACGUCAGCGGCCAACAUAGCUGACCUAAGCAGCUUCAGGAUACAAGAAAGCUUGCACCACAAUUAUCCGGUGGAGAAGUGGUUGAUAGAGAUCUAUGCGUCUAAUGCAGCAGCCAUCGAAGGGUGGAAGGUGGUGUUCCGAAAUGACAACGAAGAGUCUCUAGGGGUCCGGGGGGAUGCCCCUGAAAUUACUCAUUCUACUGCUGCUGCUGAUGAUGGUAGUGGUGGUGGUGAUGCUGCUGCUGCUGCUGAUGCUGAUGGUGCUGAUGGUGGUAGUUCUGGUGCGGGUGCGGGUGAGAACAGCGAGUGGGGCAGCAGUGUCUUCUGUCUCUUACCACCUGGUCGCGCCCAGUGGACCUUCCAGCUAGCCAAGGCAAUCCUCUCAGGAUGCAUCCCAGUGACGUUCCUCCGUGCCAACGACAACCCCUGGGCCGCCUCACAGUACCACCACCAUGCAGCAUCGACCUCUGCCUCGCCCUCGGCCCUCAACUACCCGGUGUUCUCGCUCAACAUCGACCCGGCAGCUGUAAACUCGCUCCCCCGCAGAUUGCAGGAGGCGUUUGACCAGCCUGGGCUCGUGGAGCGGCUUCAGCACAACCUGGGGCUCGUGCAGGACAUGUUCAAGUGGCAUGACUCCUUGGACCAGGGGGCAGGGGCAGUGCUCAUGAGCAGGCUGAGGAAGAUUGGAGCAGCAGCAGCGGCGCAAUCAAAGCAGCUUGAAGAGCAGAUCGUGCUGCCUGUGGACACUAAAAAGAAAGGAUCCAAGGGGUUAAAGGGGCGUAGGUGA